AUGGCUGUUUACAAGUCGUUGGUUCCACUACGAAGCUGGUGAAAAUCAGGUUUCGAAACAAACAAAUGUGCACGCCGAACAUCAGUGAAGGGCUUAAGUAUGUGGAGAUCAAAGGCCGUGUUCCUUAAAUCAAUUACACUGUUUUUUGAAGCCUUUUAAGCACACUUUUGAGAGAUCAGAAUCUCACGUUAUUGUCUUCGUAAUGUUUCAGGAACUAAAGUCCAUGUAUAAAUAGAAAGUAUAGAAUUAGAACUUAUGUUGAGAAGUAUUUUUGACCUCAUGGGACCAAAAACGAAAAUAAUAUUUACAAAUUUAGAAAAAGACCUAAUAUCAAGACUUGUUCUUUAUCAAAACUUUUCAAAGUCUAUAUUGUCGUAUUUAAAUUGUUUAAAUACACGUGCUAUUGCAAGCAAACAACCAAACGCGCUCGGGUCGCCGGGAGCAUCAGAACGCGAUGAAGGCACGGCUGUUUUUCGGCUUUUAUGCUUUUCUGUGUGCCACGUUCUUAUUCAAUAUCUCCAGUUGUGCUACAGUCCCUAAAGAAACAGCACUCAAGCUGAAAAAUUUUCAUGCUGAAGAAACCAAGGCUUUUGGAAAUGGUGCUUUAACUGAAGAAAGUGACAAUCAGGUGAAAGUCGAAAAUAAGGACGAUGAUGAAGAUGAAAGGGCAUGGGCUGAG